UGAUGCUGCCGCGCGGUAUUCAUCAUGGAGCUGGCGCCGCGGAGUUGUUCUCUGCUGCUGCUGCUGCUGCUGCUCCUGGGCCUGAGCACGGGAGCUGUCAUCAGCUGGCCCACAAAAGAGGGCAAGGAAGUAUGGGAUUAUGUGACUGUCCGGAAGGACGCCCACAUGUUCUGGUGGCUCUAUUAUGCCACCAGCCCCAGCAAGAACUUCUCAGAACUGCCCCUGGUCAUGUGGCUUCAGGGUGGUCCAGGUGGUUCCAGCACUGGAUUUGGGAACUUUGAGGAAAUCGGGCCCCUUGACAGAGAUCUCAAACCACGAAGAACUACUUGGCUCCAGUCGGCCAGUCUCCUGUUUGUGGAUAACCCAGUGGGCACCGGGUUCAGUUAUGUGAACAAGAGUGACGCGUACACCAAAGACCUGGCCAUGGUGGCAUCAGACAUGAUGGUUCUCCUGAAGACUUUCUUUGAAUGCCACAAAGAAUUCCAGACGAUUCCAUUCUACAUUUUCUCAGAGUCCUAUGGAGGAAAAAUGGCUGCUGGCAUUGCUGUAGAACUUUAUAAGGCCAUUCAGCAAGGGACCAUCCAGUGCAACUUUGCCGGGGUUGCUUUGGGUGACUCCUGGAUCUCUCCCAUCGAUUCAGUGCUCUCCUGGGGACCUUACUUGUACAGCAUGUCUCUUCUCGACGACCAAGGUCUGGCAGAGGUGUCUCGGGUUGCAGAGCAAGUCCUGGAUGCCAUAAAUAAGAGACUCUACAAAGAGGCCACCGAGCUGUGGGGGAAAGCAGAAAUGGUCAUCGAACAGAACACAGAUGGGGUGAACUUCUAUAACAUCUUAACUAAGACGUCUCCCAUGUCUACCGUGAAAUCGAGUCUAGAAUUCACCCAGAGCCACCUAGUUCAUCUUUUCCAGCGCCACGUGAGACACUUACAGCAGGAUGCCUUAAGUCAGCUCAUGAAUGGUCCCAUCAGAAAGAAGCUCAAAAUUAUUCCUGAAGAUUGCUCCUGGGGAGGCCAGGCUUCCAGUGUCUUCCUGAACAUGGAGGGGGACUUCAUGAAGCCAGUCAUCAGCAUUGUGGACGAGCUGCUGGAAGCCGGGGUCAACGUGACCGUGUAUAAUGGACAGCUUGACCUCAUCGUGGACACCAUGGGUCAGGAGGCCUGGGUGCGAAAACUGAAGUGGGCAGAACUGCCCAAAUUCAGUCAGCUGAAGUGGAAGCCCCUGCACAGUGACCCUAAGACUUCAGAAACCUCUGCCUUUGUCAAGUCCCACAAGAACCUGGCUUUCUACUGGAUUCUCAGAGCUGGACACAUGGUUCCUUCCGACCAAGGGGACGUGGCUCUGCAGAUGAUGAGGCUGGUGACUCAGCAAGAAUAGGAUGGCCUGGGCUGGAGGUGAGCUGCUUGCCUUCGGGGCACGGAAUCCGAAGCAAGCACCCUGAAGGUGUAGGAACCACUCUUCUCCCUUCGAAUCUGACUCAGGGGGAGAACGUGACUUGGGCUGUGAUUGUGAAGGGUCCCAUCAGCUUCGACAGAGAACAAAAUCAUUGCCUCUGUGACAACUUGGAAAUCAUUUCUGCUUCUGAAAACUAAGUUUUAAAAAAAUGGAUUUGUUUUCAUCAGAAUGAAGGGUUGAAAUAGAUUAACAUUUUCUUAUUACAAAAGCAAAUUAUGCGAUUUAUAGAAAAAACAGGAAAUACAGGCAAACAAAGAACAAAAUGAAUACUCAUAUGCUCCCUUCCCAGGGAUAAGCACUGUUACCACUUAAGUGUUUAUCCUUGCAAUUCUUUGUUUGCUAUACAUACAUAUAUAUUUUUUACAAAAAAUGCAAUCAUUGCUAUGUUAUGUCACAGUCUACUUUGUUCACACAUCAGUAUGUUGUCUGCUGAGCAUUCCAUUUUAUGGAUGUACCAUAAUUUACCUACCAAAUGCCCAGUUGUUUCCCAUAAGCAGUGUCUAGUUUGUCGCUUUUAUAAACGGUGCUCUGGUGAUUUAUCCUGUGAGUUACAUUUUUACACACAUCCUUAUCAUUUUCUUACAAUAAUUUCCUAAAAGCAUACUUGUUCAGUCAAAAAAUUGUAACAUUUCUUUAAAAUUAAAAUGAUGAGUUCGGGACUUCUGAGUUUUAAUUCAUGGCUCAAGAUCUGCAAAGGGACCUGAUAGCUUCUAUGAUAGCCCUGAAAGAAAUACCACUUCCUGUAGUUGUGGGGCUGGGAUUUUGAAAACCAAACCCGAAGUCUCGUCCUGCAGUGUGUGAGGAAAGAGUUACUAACAGGUUACGCCUUUGUGACCAGCCCCUGCUGACCUGAGACUAAAACAGGCUUCCUUGGGUGGUGCUCCACGCUUUCCCUACAGUUUGGUUUGCUGUUGGGAAGAGAGGGCUCCUGUACUCCUGUGUGGACGGGGAAGAAGGCCAGAGGCUUGUGCUGGGUCCCCCUGGACUCCACCAAUGCGUAUCGUUCUCCUGCUGCUUCUGCCGGGUAUCAUUUGCUGGAAAAAAAUUGAACUAUGAGUAUAACUAGUUGCUGAGUCUUACGAGUCCUUCGGGCGUUGAAUUACAGCACAAGUUGAAUUCCCAGCCUCACAGAGUCUUUUUAUUAGAGGUUAGGGUAUUUGGGGGGAAGGAGUGAAAGUUUGAACAUUAGGAUAUGUCAUAUGGGCAGAUUCCAAUGAACCUGGGACCUCAAAGCUUUUUUGCCACUGGAAGCAGCCCUUCCAUCCCUGUCUGAGGAGGUGAGUCUCUUGCCCUAAGAUCCUAUAGCAAAUUCCCAGACUUGCCUAAGGCCCCUGUUCCUGCUACAUUGUAUUCUCUCUCAACCCACACCCAUGCCUUCAUGGGAUUCCCUAUGAUGUGUUGACUGAGGAAGAAAAGUCUCAGGCUUGGUUUGUAGAUGGUUCUGUGUGAUGGGCAUGCAUCACCUGAAAGUGGACAGCUUUGGCACUGGAGUUCUCUCUGGGACAGCCCUGGAAGGUGGUGGUGAAGGGAAAUCCUCCUACUGGACAGACCUGGGAGCAGUGCACCUGUUUAUUUUGCCUGCAAAGAGAGAUGGCCAGAAGAAAGCGUCUGCCCCAAGUCAUGGUUUGGUUGGGUCGUUGAACUGGAAGGAGUGCAACUGGAAAAUCGAAAGGUCUGAAGGAGAGAGGUCUGAGGAUAGAGCUCUCUGAUUGGCAGAGCCUGAAGAUAUUUGGGUUCCAUGUGAAUGCUCACUGAAGGGUAGAGGAAGGUUUUAAUAAUCGGGUGGAUGGGAUGACCCAUUUGGUAGACAACAGACAGCCCCCUUCCCCAGCAACUCCUGUGGACUUGUGAACAGAGUGGCCCUGGUGACAGUGAUGGAAGCUAUGCAUGGGCUCAGCAACAUGAACGUGUGUUCACCAAGACUGACCUGGCUACAGCUACUGCUCAGUGCCCAAUCUGCCAGCAGCAGAGACAGCACUGAGCCCCUGAUGUGGCACCAUUGCUGCAAGGAAUCAGCCAGCUACCUGGUGUUAGGUUGAUUACAUUGGACCACUUUCAUUUUGGAAGAGCCAGCAAGUUGCUCUUACUGGAAUUGACACUUGCUCUGGACAUAGAUUUGCCUUCCCUGCCCACAGUGCUUCUGCCAAAACUACCAUCUGUGGCCUUGCAGAAUGUCUCAUCCACCAUCAUGGUAUUCACAGCAAAUGAAAUACAGCAGUGGGUUCAUGCUCUUGGAAUUCACUGGUCCAACCCUAGUCUUCAUCAUCUCGAAGCAACUGCUUUGACAGACAAUUGAAUGACUUUUUGGAGAUUCACUUAUAUUGCCGAAUAGGUGGUGACAUCUUGCAAGGGCUGGGGCAGUGUCCUCCAGUUUGUGGUAAAUUCUCUAAAUCAGCAUUAUGUUUCUCCCAUACCCUGGAUUCAGAAGUUCAGGAAUCAAGGGAUAAAUAUGAAAGUCAAUCCUCUCAGUAUUAACCCUAAUGAUCCAAUAGUCAAAGUUUUGCUUC